AUGGAGAUAACGAACGUGAUGGAGUACGAGAAGAUCGCAAAGGAGAAAUUGCCGAAGAUGGUUUAUGAUUACUACGCAUCUGGUGCAGAGGAUCAGUGGACUCUUCAGGAGAAUCGAAACGCUUUCUCCAGGAUUCUAUUUAGGCCUCGGAUUCUCAUCGAUGUGAGCAAGAUUGAUGUGAGCACGACGGUGUUAGGGUUUAACAUUUCUAUGCCAAUCAUGAUUGCUCCUACUGCAAUGCAGAAAAUGGCUCACCCUGAUGGCGAACUUGCAACCGCGAGAGCUACUUCUGCUGCUGGAACAAUCAUGACUUUAUCUUCAUGGGCCACUUGUAGUGUUGAGGAAGUUGCUUCCACAGGACCAGGGAUUCGUUUUUUCCAACUUUAUGUGUACAAGGACAGGAAUGUGGUAAGACAGCUUGUGAAACGAGCUGAAGAAGCUGGAUUCAAAGCGAUUGCUCUUACCGUAGAUACACCGAGGCUCGGACGCAGAGAAUCCGACAUCAAGAACAGAUUCGCGCUUCCUCGAGGUCUGACUUUGAAGAACUUCGAAGGCUUGGAUCUUGGGAAAAUAGACAAGACCGAUGACUCAGGGCUAGCUUCAUAUGUCGCUGGUCAAGUUGAUCAAUCACUUAGCUGGAAGGAUAUAAAGUGGCUCCAAUCUAUCACAAGCUUGCCAAUUCUUGUCAAGGGUGUUAUUACAGCUGAGGAUGCAAGAAUCGCUGUUGAAUACGGAGCUGCAGGGAUUAUAGUUUCCAACCAUGGAGCUCGUCAGCUAGAUUAUGUCCCUGCAACUAUAGUGGCUCUCGAAGAGGUGGUUAAAGCCGUUGAGGGUCGGAUUCCGGUGUUUCUAGACGGUGGGGUUCGCCGUGGAACCGAUGUGUUUAAGGCAUUGGCUCUUGGCGCUUCAGGUGUCUUUGUUGGGAGGCCGAGUUUGUUCUCGCUUGCAGCGGAUGGUGAAGCGGGAGUGAGGAAGAUGCUGCAAAUGCUAAGAGACGAGUUUGAGCUUACAAUGGCACUAAGUGGCUGCCGUUCGUUGAGAGAGAUCAGUCGAAACCACAUCAAGGCCGAUUGGGACUUCCCUCAUUACCUCCCGGCGAAGAUAUAA